AUGUCUGGCCCGGCUCUGCUGGGCCUCUCCGCCCUGCUGGGCCUGGGGGCAGCGGCCCAGCUCUGCCUGUCCCGGCAGCUCCGCAUGCAGGGGGACUACGUGCUGGGAGGGCUCUUCCCCCUGGGCUCAGCCGAGGACGCGGGUCUUGGUGACAGGACACAGCCCAACGGCACCGUGUGCACCAGGUUCUCGUCGCUCGGCCUGCUCUGGGCGCUGGCGGUGAAGAUGGCCGUGGAGGAGAUCAACAGAGGGUCCGCCCUGCUGCCUGGGCUGCGCCUGGGCUACGACUUCUUCGACACGUGCUCAGAGCCUGUGGUGGCCAUGAAGCCCAGCCUCAUGUUCAUGGCCAGGGCGGGAAGCCACCACAUCGCCGCCUACUGCGACUACGCGCAGUACCAGCCCCGCGUGCUGGCCGUCAUUGGGCCCCACUCGUCCGAGCUCGCCCUCGUCACCGGCAAGCUCUUCGGUUUCUUCCUCAUGCCCCAGGUCAGCUACGGGGCCAGCAUGGACCGGCUGAGCGACGAGGAGGCCUUCCCGUCCUUCUUCCGCACGGUGCCCAGCGACCGAGUGCAGGUGACGGCCGUGGUGGAGCUGCUCCGCGCGCUCGGGUGGGACUGGGUGGCCGCCGUGGGCAGCGACGACGAGUACGGCCGGCAGGGCCUGAGCCUCUUCUCCAGCCUGGCCAGCGCGCAGGGCAUCUGCAUCGCGCACGAGGGCCUGGUGCCGCUGCCUGGCGCCGCCGGCCUGCGUCUGGGCGCCGUGCAGGAGCUGCUGCGCCAGGUGAACCAGAGCAGCGUGCAGGUGGUGGUCCUCUUCUCCUCCCCCGGGGCCGCCCGCACCCUCCUCAGCCACAGCAUCCGCCACGGGCUCUCGCCCAAGGUGUGGGUGGCCAGCGAGGCCUGGCUGACCUCGGACCUGGUCAUGACGCUGCCUGGCAUGGCCCAGGUGGGCACCGUGCUGGGCUUCCUGCAGCGGGGCGCCCCGAUGCCCGACUUCCCGUCCUACGUGCAGACGCGCCUGGCCCUGGCCGCUGACCCUGCCUUCUGCGCCUUCCUGGACACGGAGCAGCCGGGCCUGGAGGAGCACGUGGCGGGGCCACGCUGCCCCCAGUGCGACCACAUCUCGCUGGACGACGUGUCCACCGGCCUCCUGCACCACCAGACCUUCGCGGCCUACGCGGCGGCGUACGGCGUGGCCCAGGCCCUGCACAACACGCUGCCGUGCAACGCCUCGGGCUGCCCCACGCGGGAGCCUGUGCGGCCCUGGCAGCUCCUGGAAAAGAUGUACAACAUGAGCUUCCGGGCACGCAGCAUGGCGCUGCGGUUCGACACCAGCGGGAACAUGGACUCGGGGUACGACCUGAAACUGUGGGUGUGGCGGCACCCGAGGCCCGAGCUGCGCACCGUGGGCAGCUUCACCGGCCGCCUGCAGCUGCGGCCAUCCCAGAUGCGCUGGCACACGCCGAGGAACGCGAAGCCCGUGUCCCAGUGCUCCAGGCAGUGCGUGGAGGGCCAGGUGCGCCACGUGAAGGGCUUCCACUCCUGCUGCUACGACUGUGUGGACUGCAAGGCCGGCAGCUACCAGCGCAGCCCAGACGACCUCCUCUGCACCCCGUGUGGCCAGGACCAGUGGUCGCCAGACAGGAGCCUGCGCUGCCUGCCCCGCAGACCCAAGUUCCUGGCGUGGGGGGAGCCGGCCGUGCUGCUGCUGCUGGCGCUGCUGGGCCUGGCGCUGUGCCUGGUGCUGUUGGCCCUGGGGCUGUUCGCCCGGCACCAGGAGAGCCCCGUGGUCCGGGCCGCGGGCGGGCCGCGGGCCUGCUUUGGCCUGGCCUGCCUGGGCCUCGUCUGCCUCAGCGCCCUCCUGUACCCCGGCCGGCCCAGCCCCGCCAGCUGCCUGGCCCAGCAGCCGCUGCUGCACCUCCCGCUCACCGGCUGCCUGAGCACCCUCGCCCUGCAGGCGGCCGAGAUCUUUGUGGAGUCGGAGCUGCCGCCGAGCUGGGCGGAGCGGCUGCGGGGCCGCCUGCAGGGGCCCCGGGCAUGGCUGGCGGUGCUGCUCGCGGUGCUGGUGGAGGCGGCGCUGUGUGCCUGGUACCUAUGGGCCUUCCCACCCAAGGUGGUGACAGACUGGCAGGUGCUGCCCACGGAGGCGCUGGUGCACUGCCACGCGCGCUCCUGGGCCGGCUUUGCCCUGGUGCACUCCGCCAAUGCCGCGCUGGCGUCCCUGUGCUUCCUGGGCACCUUCCUGGUGCACAGCCGGCCUGGCCGCCGCCAUGGCGCCCGCAGCCUCACCUUUGCCUCGCUGGCCUACUUCAUCACCUGGGUGUCCUUCGUGCCGCUCUUCGCCAACGUGCACGUGGCCUACCAGCCCGCCGUGCAGAUGGGCGCCAGCCUUCUCUGUGCCCUGGGCAUCCUGGCCACCUUCCACCUGCCCAAGUGCUACCUGCUGCUGCGGCAGCCGGGAAGCAAUGCCCCCGUGCUCUUCCUGGGAGGGGGUCCUGGCGACGCCCGGGGGAGAGGCAGCAACAGGGGCGCAGAGGGGACCGAGCAAAAACCUGCGACCUGUGACCCGGUGGCCUCGCCCCAGUGA